AUGGCGGACACGGUGCAGACGGUGCUUGAGCGCAUGCUCCCGGAGCUCGACAGUCUCGAGAAGCAGGGCCUCUUUACGCGCGAGGAGAUUAAAGAGAUCGUGCGCCGCCGCACCGCCUUCGAGUACCGCCUCAGGCGCCGCGGCAGCGCGGCGAUUAAGGACGACUAUAUGCGAUAUAUAGAGUACGAGAUGCAGCUCGAGGCGCUGCGCCAGCUGCGGAGGAGAGACCCGAUUCGCCGCCAGCAUCCCCUGCGAGUGCGAUUUGUUCCACGAGGCCCUUACAUCCACGUUCUCCCCCCUAUUCGCUUCCCGCGGGCCAACUUCUCCUCACUAUCCCUCUCCUUCCGCGCACAGGCUUUCCGCCAGCGCGCGGACGGCGUGCUGCGGCGCAAGGGGAAGCAGGGCAGCCGCGAGUGGUACCGGCGGCAGCGCGCGGCGGAGCGCGCGAGUGACGUGGCGGUGAUCAAGCGCGUGCUCUUCAUCUUCUCGCGCGCGACGCGGCGCUUCAAGGGCGAUCUGGACCUCUGGAUGCGCUACCUCGACUUCUGCAAGGCGUCCGGGUCGAGGAAGCAGAUGCAGAAGACCAUGGCACGUGCACUGCAGCUCCACCCCACGGAGCCCUCCCUCUGGCUGUAUGCGGCGUCUUACGAGUUCACGCACCGCAUGAACGCGCCUGCUGCGCGCACGCUGCUGCAGAGGGGGCUGCGCAUGUGCUGCCCGCAGCUCUCCGCUGGGGGGAAUGGGGGAAGCGAAAGGGGAGGCGGGGGGAAGGGCGCGAGGGGAGACGGGGGAAGCGGGGGGGGCGCAGGUUUCGCUGGAAAAGGGCCAAAGGGAGGAGCGGGUGUGGAGCGGGCAGGUGUGACGAUUUCAGAGGCUGGGAACAUUUCGAUCGUGCCUGCCCGGGUUUUGGAGGCCUCGCGACUGCUGUGGAGCGAGUAUUUGCGCAUGGAGCUGGUUCAUGCACGGAAGCUUAAAGCGAGACAGCUACUACUGGGGAUAGAGACGGAGGAGGGUGGGGGAGAGAAGGGGGAAGGCGGAGGAGGGAAAGAGGGGGAAGGGGGAGAGGGAGUGGGAGGUGGGGAGGGCGAAGGGAUGGAGCAGGAAGGGGAGGGAAAGGAGGGGAAUGAGGAGGAGGAGGGGGAGGAGGUUGGGAUGGGUGAUGGGAAGGGGGAUGGUAAAGGGGAUGGUAGCGAAGGAAAGGGCGGGAGCAGCAAACCAGUCUCGAGUGAUGAGCUGGCAGUGCAGGUGGCAACCGUGGUGUGCCGCACCGCAAUCAAAUCAAAUCCCAAAGAUCUGCUGCUGCACGUGGCGCUGCUGGAAGCGCUGCGAUUGGGCGGCGGGCAAGCAGAGGCAGAGGCGGCAGAAGAGGAGGAGGCAGAGCAAGAGGAGGGAGAGGAGGAAGGCGGGAGAGAGGGGGAAGGGAAACAAAGGCAGGAGAACGGACAGGAGGAGGGGGGAGCAGAGGAGGAAAAAGGGGAGGGAGGCGCUAAGGCAGCAAACACGGAGGGGGGGCAAGGAGCAGAGCAAGGGGAGGGAGCAGGGGGGAAGGCGGGGCGGGCGCGGAGGCGGGUGGUAGAGUUGAAGGGGUUGGAUGCGGUGGAGGAGGAGGUGUGUGGCAGCAUGGCGGCCGACUUCCCUGACAGUGCCACUGCGCUUGAGGUGCUGGCUAGACGGUGCCUGAGGCGGAGCUGCAGGGGGGCGGGAACAGGAGCGGAGGCAGAGCAAGCUGCAUUGAAGGUGUUUGAAGACGCUCUGGAGAAACAGAAGCAGCAGCAGCUUUCGUCUUUCUCGCCCCUGUGCUGCGCGUAUCUUGACUUUCUCAUGCGCUUGAUCACCGGAGGGAAGGCGUAUGGGGAGGAGGGCGAGGGAGGAGAGGGGGGAGAGGAUGGGGAGGGGGAAACAGGGGAACAGGAGCCAAUGGAAUGCGAGGGAGCGGAGGGAGAGAGGGAAGGAGAGAGAGACGGGCUGCCAUUGGCAGAUCUGGUGUGCCGAGCCAAUGCAGCCCUGUCUCUGGCGGAGGCUCGGGGGCUAGGUUCGGACGAGUCAAUCGUUGAGCGCCACGUGGCUCUGCUGCUUCGUGCAGGUCGAGCUGGCGAGGCGCUGGAAGCUGCGAGGAAGGUUCUGGGAGCGGGUGGCGGGGUGGUGAUGCCAGGCGUGUGGGCUCUGGGACGGGAAGCAGAGAGGCGGGUGCUGAGAGGAGGGGGGAAGCAAGUAGAGGCAGCGCCUAGCCUGUCAGCGCUGCAAGCUACAGUGGACUCGCUCGUCACAGCAGCAGCCACCAUCGCCUCCCCCUCCACCUCCUCUUCCGUGCCACCCCCUUCACCUGCUGCUGCCGCUGCUGCUGCUGCUGUUGCUGCUGCUGCUGCUGCUGCCGAGAAAGGUUCUGCAGCUGCGGUCAGGAGCAGUGAGGAUCCAUCAGCACACGCGCGGCAUCUGGUGGCAGAAGUGCAGUGUGCCGCGCUCGCCACGGCCAAGAGGCGCUUUGGAAUCUCUGCUGCCCGCCAGCUCUACGCAAGGUUCUUCUCUCUCCCAUUCUCCUCAGAGCGUCUCUUCCUGUGCGCCAUUCACAUGGAGCGCGAGUGGCAGGCGGAGCACAGCGGGAAGGGGGGUGACAGGACGGAGAGGGGACAGGGGAAUGGGAGGGGGAGGGAGGGGCGGGUGGAGCGUCUGUUUGACUCGGCGUUGCAGCGAUUCAGCUCCAGUGCUGAUCUCUGGCUGUUAUACUGCCAGUACGCGCUUGAGGUGAACGACACGGGGCUGCUCUCGACCAUCCACUGGAAGGCUCGCCACUCGCUGCCCGAUGCAGCCGGGUUCAUGACCGCUUAUCACCGCAUGGUGCACUUAUCAUCGUCCGCUUGA